GUCGAGCAGUGCUGGUAGGUCUGAGGGUGCAAGGUGCAGUGCGAGGAGUGAUCAGGGCUUUGAGAUCAACACAUAACUGCUUCAAAACUGCUUUCCCAUUAGAUACUUCAUAUUUGGGAAAUGGAAUGUCCACAGAAAGACUGUUUUCAGAGUAAUGCCAACCUUGACAUCAUGAAGGCUGGAAGUGUCCUGAGAAAAGCAACAUCUCGCAUAUGGAAAGGACAACGUCAGUACAAACUGCAGGACGACUGCAAGACUGUCAUGUACAAAUCCAGCUGGACUAUAAGCUCUUAUUCAACCUUUUCUGUAGGGGAUGUGGAGGCAGUACGGGAGGGCCAUCAGUCUGAAGUGUUCCUCAGUAUGCCAGAUGAAUUCCCUCCAGAAUGCUGCUUCACGCUGGUAUUUCGUGGACGCCGUGGGAAUUUAGACCUUGUAGCCUCAUCAGCUGAAGAGGCUCAGGCUUGGAUUCAGGGUAUGCAGAUGCUCAUUGAGAACCUGCAGAACAUGGAUGAAUGUGAAAAACUCGAUCACUGGGUCUCUGAUUUAUUUAUGAGAGCAGACAAAAACAAAGAUGGAAGGAUAAGCUUUAAGGAGGUUCAAAAGCUGCUUAAACUUAUGAACAUAGAUAUGAAUGAACUCCAUGCACAUUCUCUUUUCAUGAUGUCUGAUAUGAGCCAAACAGGCAUGCUGGAUGCGGAAGAAUUUGUCCAUUUCUAUAAGAUGCUUACACAAAGGAAGGAAAUUCUGGAGUUAUUCCAGGAAUACUCUAGUAAUGGACAGGCACUUUCCCACUGUGACUUGGAGGAGUUCCUGAGAGAGGAGCAGCUGGAGGGCGAGACGAGUUAUGAACAUGCGCUUGAGUUGAUCCAGCUAUAUGAACCCUCAGAUACUGCUAAAACCCAACAUAUCAUGUCAGCUGAUGGAUUUCUGAUGUACCUGAUCUCAGCUGAAGGUUCCAUCUUCAACACAGAACAUCAGCGACUUUAUCAAGAUAUGACACAACCUCUCAAUCAUUACUUCAUCUCCUCCUCACACAACACAUACCUUUUAGAUGACCAGCUGAAAGGGAGGAGCAGUGUGGAAGCUUACAUUAAAGCUUUGAAACGAGGCUGUCGCUGUGUGGAGGUAGACUGCUGGGAUGGCCCAAAUGGAGAACCCAUUGUUUAUCAUGGACACACUUUCACUUCCAAGAUUUUGUUUAAAGAUGUUGUCUCCACAGUGGCAAAAUAUGCCUUUGAGGCAUCAGAAUACCCACUCAUUCUGACAAUUGAAAACCACUGCAGCAUUGAACAACAGACAGUCAUGGCUGAGCUCUUAAAGAAUAUCCUUGGUGACAUGCUGCUGAAGACUACAAUAGAUGGGAAGGUGCCCAGUGUACUGCCAUCACCAGAGGAACUUAAGGGGAAAAUUCUGUUAAAAGGAAAGAAGACUGGAGAAUUGGAGGAGUGCUCAGAUGCAGACAAUCUAGAAAGCAGUGAUGUGAGUGAUGAUGAUAAAGCUGUGGACAAGGACAAUCAGGCCACAGAGAGCAGGAAAUCCAAGAAAAACCUAUCCAAGGAGCUUUCAGACCUUGUCAUAUACUGCAAGAAUGUUCAUUUCAACAGCUUUGAGUACUCACGAAACCACAGCAAGCCUUAUGAGAUGUCCUCCUUCUCUGAGUCCAAGGCCCGCAAACUUAUCAAAGAAGCUGGAGCUGACUUUAUUCAGCAUAACAGAAGGCAUCUAAGCAGAGUGUAUCCUAGUGGCCUGAGGACAGACUCUUCAAAUUAUUGCCCCCAUGAAAUGUGGAAUAUGGGAUGCCAAAUUGUGGCAUUGAAUGUCCAAACAGCAGGACUGGAGAUGGAUCUUAAUGACGGGAUGUUCAGUCAGAACAACUGCUGUGGAUACGUUUUGAAACCCGAGAUCUUGCGCAAUAGUGAACAUUUUGACCCAGAGUGGCCCGACAACCGAAAGGAUUACUGUCCUCUUAGCCUCACCAUCCAGGUAAUAAGUGGCCAACAGCUUCCCAAAGUAAGCAAAAAAGAGUGGUCUAUUGUAGACCCGUUGGUAAGGGUGGAGAUCUAUGGAGUACCUCUCGACCAGACCCAGCAGGAGACCAAACACAUUGAGAAUAACGGAUUCAACCCGUACUGGAAUGAAACAUUACAAUUUGUGGUCCAUACACCGGAGCUUGCAAUAGUACGCUUUGUUGUGGAAGACUACGAUAUGGCGUCCAAGAAUGAUUUUAUAGGGCAAUACGCACUCCCUUUCUCCUGCAUUCAACCAGGGUAUCGUCAUAUUCAUCUUUUAUCUAAAGAUGGCACAAGCAUUUGCCCAUCGUCUUUGUUUGUGCAUAUUACAAUUAAAAAGGCAUCUUAGACAUCUGGGGUGGGUGAAAAAUAUCUCCACCCACCAGAAGUCAGUCUUUACUAAAGAAAUCUGUACUCUUGCAUGUACACACAUCAUAUUUUAUAAAUCAUUCUAUAUUAUCUUUUUACCGAGUUUUUAGUUGCCCUGCACAUAAAACAAAAUGUGCAAAGAGCAUAGAAACCAUUGUAGUUAUCGGUCAAGUAAUAAAGAAUGUGCUUUGAGACUAAGAUAUAUAUAUAUAUGUAUGUAUAUACUGAAAAAUUAAGGGAACUGUUAAAUUACACAAUGGAUCUUAAUGAACAAAAUAUAUAAAUUUUUUUAACUCAUUGAGAACAAUAUUUUGUGAUCAUGGUCAAUGGAAACUUUUCGUGUAACUGUUCGUCUACCGGUAUCUCCUUCAUAUUCUUGCAAAUGUGCGUGGAGACAUACCACACCUCCACAUAUGAAUGUGCCUUCCUGGAGGAGCUGGAUUACCUGUGCAUUCUGAAUGUGUUGCCAGCACUGCAUUUUACUACAGGUAUUGACAAAAUCAUAAAAAUACACAAAAUUGUCAGGAAGGUUGAUGCCUCCACUUGCAAAACCAUUCCCUUUUUGGGGACGGUGCAUUUGUUUUCACUUUCAAUGUAGGUGCAAUUGAUACAUAAUCACUUAUGCUGGCAUGUUUUUAUUUUCUUGGCCUACUUGUCCCCUUAGAGGAAAUAGUCUCUGCAAGUCAGUAAAAUGUUCUUCUAUGUUCAUCACCUAGGUGAAACAUUUCUAUCCUAAUAGGAGUAGUCUUUUCCAGGAUGAUCCCACCCUCAUUCACAGGACACAAAGGUUUACUGAAUUGUGUAAGGAGAAUUAAAAUGAUCAUUGUAUGCUGUGACUACAUAGUCACCACAUCUCAGACCAAUUAAACUAUGGAGGAUUUUGGACUGACAUGUUUCCAUUUGCAAAUCUUUUGGAAGAAUGGUGUCUAUCAGUUUAAUGCAAGUCCAUAGACUUGUAGAAGCAAUGUCGGUGUUUAGUGAUGCUGUUCUGAAAGGCUAAUGGGAAAACCCCUUACUAAUACUUUAUGUUGAAACCUAUCUCUCUCUGUCUGCCAUGCCUUGAUGCCUAGUUAAUAAACAUUCCACAAAUGCUCA